CUGUUGUAGUACUAGUUCAAAGCCUUUCCUAUUUAUGUUCGAUGGACCUCACCGAAUUUACAUAUACCCUUUUCUCUUUACCUUCUUCGCACUCUUCUUCUUCCUUCUUCCUCUUCUAGGGUUUUACAUUCUCGUCUCAAUUUCCCGUCUCUAUGAUGUCUGGAGGAGGUUACCGUUCUCAAGAUACCUACCGUCGUGAAACCCCUUCGCUACGACCGAAUCAUCACUCGAUUAUGUCGCCCUGUCAUGAGAUCAAUCGACCAUCCACAUCCAAUUCCAGUCCUGAUCGCCCUCCAAGCCGCCCCAACUUCACGGUCGAACUCCGUUGCACUGAUCAUACUGUUUUCUCCAAAGCCGACUUAGAGGCCUUACUUUUAAAAUGCAAAGGCGAAGGAAUUGACGUAUGCUGUUCUACCACUUCUCCGUGGAGAUGGUGCUGUCGACGCUGGAAUGACGCAGUAGCGUCCAUGGUUUUCUUGUGGAAAACUCGACUUGCUGGUCUUCAUUCUAUUACGCCGUCUAUUAAAUCGCUUGUAAGCUGCGAUAUGAAUGUUAUUAGGGGUCGGCUUAGGGAUAUUUUUAUUGAACAUGUGAACGGAUAUAUAGAAGGGGAUUUGGUUGACAAGUGGAGGAAGAAAGUCACGGCUUUGUUGGAUGAACUUUCUUCAGUUGAAGUUUCUCUUAAAAAGCAUAACCCGAUUAAUGUUUUCAAUCAUCUUUCGAAGCAAAGGGAGGGGUUGAAAUCCGGAAUAGUAAUGAUCGAGAAGAGGAUACUGGAGUUUGGUUCUUCAAUGAAUUGUAUUCUUGAUCAUCUUGAAGGAUUAAAAUCUUUUGAUGACCUUGAUGGGGAGCCGCGGUUGUUUAAAUUCAGCAAACAUAUUGAUUUUGUACGCAUUCACUUAUUGAUAAAGAGGGAGUGCAGAAGGCUUGAAGAUGGUUUGCCAAUUUAUGCCUUUCGGCAAGAAAUACUUGAACAUGUUCACUCUCAACAGGUAAUGGUCCUGAUAGGAGAGACUGGUUCGGGAAAGAGUACCCAAUUAGUUCAAUAUCUUGCAGAUUCAGAUUUUUCUGCAAUGGAGUCCAUCGUCUGUACACAGCCAAGAAAGCUUGCAGCUGUGUCAUUAGCUCAGAGAGUUCAGGAAGAAUCUUCUGGGUGCUAUAAAGAUAAUUCUAUCAUCUCAUAUCCCACAUAUUCAUCUUUUCAUGAAUUAAAGUCAAAGGUGAUAUACAUGACAGACCACUGCUUACUGCAGCACUACAUGAGAGAUAAGUCUUUGUCAGGGAUUUCAUGUAUCAUUAUAGAUGAGGCUCAUGAAAGAAGUUUAAACACUGACCUUCUAUUAGCAAUGGUAAAAAGCUUACUUUGUCGAAGACUGGAUAUGAGGCUUAUCAUAAUGUCUGCAACUGCUGAUGCAGACAAGCUUGCAGAGUACUUCUUUGGUUGUGAAACUUUUCAUGUGGUUGGCAGAAACUUUCCAGUUGACAUCGAAUAUGUCCCUUCUGUAUCUGGAGCUGCUUGUGGCACCGGCACUAGUACAUUGAAUGUUUCUGAAGUUUUGAAGGUGGUAGCUGAGAUCCACAAAACAGAGCCAGAUGGUGCAAUUCUGGCGUUCUUGACAUCACAGAUGGAGGCCGAAUGGGCCUGUGAAACAUUUCAGGCUCCUCAUACAGUUACAUUGCCUUUACAUGGAAAAUUGACACAUGAUGAUCAGCGUCGCAUCUUUCUCGACUACCCAGGGAGAAGAAAAGUCAUAUUUUCCACUAAUCUCGCUGAGACAUCUUUGACGAUUCCUGGAGUGAAGUAUGUUGUAGAUUCUGGAAAGAUGAAGCUUAGCAGAUUCGAAGCUGCUACGAGUAUGAAUGUUCUCAAAGUUUGCGGUAUAAGCCAGAGUUCUGCAGAACAACGGGCUGGUCGUGCAGGGAGAACAGCUCCGGGAAAAUGUUACAGGCUAUAUUCCCAAGAGGACUUUGAAAUGAUGCCUGCUCACCAGGAACCCGAGAUUCGUAGAGUUCAUCUUGGUGUUGCAGUUCUAAGAAUAGUUUCUAUGGGCGUUAAAGAUGUAUUGAGUUUUGAUUUCAUUGAUGCACCCGAUGCUGUUGCAAUUGACAAGGCCAUUCAAAAUUUAAUUCAGUUGGAAGCUGUUUCAAAGGAAGAUGACGUCUUGGAGUUAACAGAUGAUGGAAAGAAAAUGGUUCGAUUGGGCAUUGAGCCUAGGUUGUGUAAAUUAAUUCUCCAAUGCUUUGACAAUCGUCUGGGCAAAGAAGGUGUUGUUCUUGCUGCUGUUACAGCAAAUGCAAGUACUAUAUUCUGCAGAGUUGGUAAUGAAGAAGAUAAACAUAAAUCUGACUGCUACAAGGUGCAGUUUUGUCAUCGUGAUGGAGACCUUUUCACUAUGCUUUCUGUUUAUAAGGAAUGGGAGGCCGUGCCUCGUGAGAAGAGAAGCAGGUGGUGUUGGGAAAAUAGUAUCAAUGCAAAGUCUAUGCGAAGAUGUGAAGACAUGGUUUUGGAACUAGAACAUUGUCUGGGAAGUGAACUUAGCUUCAUUACUCCAAGUUACUGGUGUUGGAACCCCCUUGUGCCUAGUGAGCACGACAAAAAUCUGAAAAAAGCUAUAUUGUCUUCACUGGCAGAGAACGUUGCCAUGCAUUCUGGAUACGAUCAACUUGGUUAUGAGGUGGCUUUAACCGGAAAGUACGUUCAACUUCACCCUUCAUGUUCACUGCUAGUCUUCAGUCAAAGGCCAAGUUGGAUAAUCUUUGUUGAGAUUUUAUCGAUAUCUACUCAGUAUUUAGUCUGUGCAACAGCUGUUGACUUCGAAGAUUUCUCCACCCUUUCCCACCCUCUUCUGCUUGAAGCCUCCAAGAUGCAACAUCGUAAGCUUCAACAGACAGUUCUGAAUGGCUAUGGAACCACUAUACUUAAGAGGUUUUGCGGAAAGUUCAACAGUUACCAACUUCAUAUCGUUUCAUCCGUAAGAAAAGCCUGCAUGGAUGAACGCAUCGGCAUUGAUGUUAACGUUGAUCAGAACGUAGUUCAUGUAUACGCUCCUUCAGAACACAUGGAGAACGUGUGCAGACAAGUGAAAAGUGCCUUAGAUUAUGAAAGGAAAUGGAUGCAAAAUGAAUGUGCUGAGAAAUUUUUGUUCCGCGAAGGGCGCCGUGUCACGCCUUCCUUUGCAUUAUUUGGUUCUGGAGCUGAAAUAAAACAUCUAGAGCUUGAAAAUAAAACAUUGACAGUAGAUGUGUUUAGUUCAGAUGCAGAUGCUGGGAACGGUAAGAAGUUUUUGAUGUUGCUAGAAGACUAUUCAUCAUCUGGAAUUUGUGCAAUUCAGAGACAUAUCAGUACUGGACAGGAUUCAGAGAACAUGACAAGGUGGGGUAGAAUUACUUUUCUUACCCCUGAUGCUGCCCAGCAAGCUGUUGAGUUAAGUCCAGUCACACUGAAUGGUGCCAUUUUUGAGAUAGUUCCUUCAAUGAGCGGUUCUGCAGCUGAACAUAGUAUACACUCAUUUUCUGCUGUUAACGUGAGGCUACAAUGGCCCCGUAGACGCAGUAAGGGAUGUGCAAUUCUGAGAUGUGAGGAGCAGGAACUUCUUCAGAUGCUAGGUGUUUUGUCCACAUCUUUAAUUGAUGGGAGGAUUAUAUAUUGUGAACUUUGCACAAAGUCUAGUAACGGCAUUGUGAUAAGAGGCCUUGACCCCAGGCUCUCUGAAGCUGAUGUUUUAGAGGAGUUGCGGAAUUUAACCAACAUAAGAAUCCUAGAUUUCUUUUUGUUUAGAGGGCAAGCAGCGGAAAAUCCUCCAUACGAUGCUUGUGAAGACGCACUUCACAAAGUAAUCUCGAAUCUCAUGCCCAAACGAAGUCCUCAGGGUGCUGAUAAUGUUCGUGUCCAGAUUUCCCCACCAGAACCCAAGGAUGCUUUCAUGAGAGCUUUUGUGACGUUUGAUGGAAGUUUACACUUGGAGGCAGCCACAGCCUUGGAGCGAAUUGAAGGGACAGUUUUGCCUGGGUGUCAACCUUGGCAGAAGAUCAAGUGUCAGCAAUUGUUUCAUAGCUCUGUAUCAUGCAGUGCUCUUGUCUAUUGUUCCAUCCGGAAUCAAUUGAACUCUCUAAUUGCUUCCUAUCGUCUUAAAAAAGGUGUUAACUGCUGCCUCUUGGAAAGGAACGACAAUGGGUCAUAUCGAGUGAAGAUUUCCGCCAACGGCACGAAAACAGUUGCAGAGUUACGACGCCCUCUCGAGCUACUGAUGAGAGGAAGAAGGGUACAACACGCGAGCAUUACGCCACCAGUCGUACAGCUACUCUACUCGAGAGAAGGAACUUCACGAAUGAAAGGCAUUAAAGAAGAGACGGGCACUCACAUCCUAUUCGAUAAGCACAAUCAGUGCAUACGCAUAUUCGGUUCCACCGACCAAGUGGAUAACGCGGAACAGAAGCUGGUUCAGUCUCUUCUGAAUUUGUACUCACGAAAGGAGCUUGAUAUCCAUCUCCGCGGUAAUGAACUGUUGCCUCCUGAUUUGAUGAAGGAAGUGGUAAAAGAGUUCGGGCCAGACCUGGAAGGUCUGAAGGAGAAAGUGCCUGGAGCAGAGUUCACUCUAAACACGCGUCUGCAUGUAAUUUCGGUCCACGGAACUAAGGAGCAGAAGGAGAAAGCAGAGAGUUUAAUCCAUGAGAUCGCACAGACGAGUGAAUCAUCGUUAGUAACCGACGACGCCUGUCCGAUCUGCCUCUGCAAAGUGGAAGACGCGUACCGUCUAGAAAACUGUGGCCAUGUCUUCUGCAGGACGUGUUUGGUCGAGCAAUGCGAGUCUGCAAUCCGAAACCGCGACAGUUUCCCCAUCCGAUGCACGAACGCGGUUUGCGAAUCCGAGCUUCUGCUAACCGACCUGCGAUCGUUGCUCCUUAGCGAGAAACUGGACGAGCUUUUCCGAGCCUCAGUGGCGGCGCACGUGGCAGCAAGCGGCGGGAAGCUGAGGUUCUGCCCUUCACCGGAUUGUCCUUCGGUCUAUCGAGUGGCGGGGGAGAACGACGAGUGGGGGGAACAUUUCCUUUGCGGGGCGUGUUACGGGGAAACGUGCAGGAGGUGCCACCUGGAGUAUCACGCGUUGAUUAGCUGCGAGACGUAUAAGGAGUUUAAGGAGGAUCCUGAUUCUUCGCUUAGGGAAUGGUCGAAAGGUAAGGAGCAUGUGAAGAUCUGUCCGGUUUGCAGCUAUACCAUUGAGAAGAUCGACGGGUGUAACCAUAUCGAGUGCAAGUGCGGCGGACAUAUUUGCUGGGUCUGUUUGGAGGUUUUUCGUUCUAGCGAUGAUUGCUAUAGUCAUUUGAGGUCGAUUCAUUCGGCUAUUAUUUAGUGUUUGUCGCUCUUCUUCUAAUUACUAAGAAUUCUGUUAAUAGUUACCGAACUUAACUACUUAUUUCAACUGCUGCUUGAACUAUGUAUAUAUGCCAAAAGCAGGGCCUUUUUCAAUCUUAUUUAUCUCUCU